UGCGUGUUGGUGCGUGUGUGGUGUGGGUGCGAGCGUAAAGGUUACCGACCAAAGUCUCGCCGUCUCGCGGUCGAGACGACGACACUUGGCGUACGUGCGGCAACUGCCCUGCGGAGAGAAAUUUUCCGGUGACUCGCGGCCACGAGGAAACGCGCGAAACGCGUCGCGACACAACGACGAAGGGAGAGAUGGCCGGAGGAAACGGUGGUGGCGAUGCCGCUGGCGGCAGCGGCAGCGGCGACGGUGUCUGCUCCACGGUCGUGAAGAAGCUCGGCCUGCGACCGGUCACGCGGUGCAACCUCGCCAAGUUCUACGCGCCGGCAUUCGGCGCCGUCUCGUACACCGCGAUGUCCGUCAACGUCAUGAACCCGAGCCUCGUCGUCAAAGUGUUCCCAAAGAGGGAUAUUACGAAUUUCUUGUUGGCUGGCACUUUGGUUGGCACCGGAUCGUACAUCUAUACACGUGAACACAUGAAAUCCGCGCCGCAGUCUGUAAGGAUUCUAUACAGCGCUACCGGAGCGGUGUUAUUGAGUCUGGGUUCGGUCUUGCUGUGGGCAGUGAUACGUUCCAUAGUUCCGCCAAGCCCGGUCUGCUGUACGAUAGCUGGAAUCGGCACCGGAGUGGCAUUUCUGAAAGUCGGCUCGAGUUAUCUCGAAUUUGUGGACGGGCAAAUAGCAAAAAAGUAGGCUGCUCCCAUACGCUUUCUAUCCUUUUCUUUCCUACUUUGGAUUUGUAUCUCGAAUUUGUUACCGAAUGAAAUUGUAUACUACGUCGAAACAAGGAACACGGCACCAUUUGUCUGUUGCAUUUUGAGCGCGGCUCUCUCGAAUCUCGUGGAAUUUUUGUUUCAUGUGGCGAGAGAUUGUGGAGAGCGAUUCGACGCUUGAUCGGUCGGAUUCCUGAAACGUUUUUCGGGUACAAACUACGAGUAUAUGUAAGUAAUUGUGUUUUUUUCACCACGAGUUUUAUAUACGCGCGUUUCCUUUCGAAAACCAAAAAUACAACAAAGAGAGAUACGAGUGGAUACUGCGACACUCGUAUCGAUUCCGAAAGUGUGAAUUGUCGUAUUGCACAAAAAAAAAUGUGACAUCGGCGAUUCUAUAGCGUUGAAGAUGGUUUUACGUGAGUAGCGAACGCGUUAAAUGAACAGUCGUACGCUUUUCUCUUCGCUCAUCAUUCGCCGCAAAGCCGGCAUUGUUGAACGGCAUUUGAUAAAUUGUUCGUUACGGUAUAUCGAUAAUGUGCACGCACUUUAGGAAACUUAAACCGUGACCCUCGUAAUUCCGGCGCGUUUAGGAAGUCGGGAAGUAUGAGCGUCGUGUGUUUAUUGACAAACGUGUUUUAUAAUAAUAAGCUGCAUAAGGAUGCAUCGUCAUGUGUAGAUAACUUGUCACCAUAAAUAUAUAAAUAUACGAAUUGUGACACGAA